UUUAAGAUGGCGAAGGCUGCGAAUUUGGUGAGUGAGGUGUUCUGGAGUGAAGAUCCGUCAGAUGAAGAACAGUCCAUGGUUUUUGUGCCAGGAUUGCUAAUGGAAGGAAACAUUAGACCUGAAUCAAAGGUGAAAAGUGAAACCCAAGAAGUUGGAGCCAAGCUUUCACUUCAAUCUAAUUCUGUUUUUGUAAAUCCCUUGAAGACCAAAUCCGGAAAGGUAUCCAUGCCAAACAAGGUCAAGGAAUUCAAAGGGACCAAGAGUGCAUCUUUGAAGGAUCUCUGCCCAGAGGACAAAAGGCGCAUUGCUAACUUAAUCAAAGAGCUUGCAAGAGUAAGUGAAGAGAAAGAAGAAACUGUGGAACGAUUAAAGGCAGAACAUGAAUCAUUUGAAAAGAAAAUCAGAGAACUGGAGGACCAGAAUGAACUCAUUGUCAUGGAACGGGAAGCGUUGCAACACCAGUAUGAAAAAUGCCAGGAACUCCUGAGUGUUUACCAAAACUGCCUCUCUGAGCAGAAAGAAAAAUUGAACCAGUGCUUUCCUGUAUCCUGGAACAAUAAGGAAAAGGUAUGUAGUGAGAAGAAUCCUCCUCAGCUGGUUUCUUCAGACCUAGGUGGCUCCUAUCUUGGAACUGUGCCUCCUUGUACCUUAAAUGCUUCUGGCAAAACUAAAAACGUGCUUGUUGGUCCAUCCUUUGCACCACAGCCUGACCUGGGCCUGUAUUUCCCAAACCAUAACUCUGUCCAUCAAAAUCAUCGUACUGAAAGUUUUCCAUCUCAAAAUGGUUGUGGUAAAAAAUCUGGCAAUACAGUUCAAGGAGAGCCAUUUGAAGACAGACAUUAUAACAUGAACAAACAGGUAGAUGUGGGUCCUGUGCAGGCCAGUACCUUUUGUGAUUCUGAUGUCGGUCAACCUUCUCACUGUGGAUGGUUGAGAAAUAGAGAGCUUGCCGAUGAAAAUCAAUCGACCAAUAUAAGAAAUGGGCAUUUAAAGCCAUUAAUUGAAUGCAACCCCUGCUCUGGAAUGUCUCAUGAUCCAGCAAUGAAUAAUCAGGAGGAAGUAACAGCUGAAGAAGUUAUAAAUGGAAAGAAGCUGCUUAUAGACCAAAAGCAGCAACUGAUCUGUCAGAAAAUGGAGCUGGAGCUGGAGAAAGAAAGACUGCAAAGAUUGCUCGCUCAGCGGGAGACCCUUUUCUUUCGAAAGCAACAGCAAUUACACGAGUCAAGGUUGGAUUACAGCAGGUAUUUGAGAUCAGAGGAUGAUCUUUUUCAUGGUAAUUUGCAACAUCAGGAAAGGAACAUCAAAGCAUCGAUAACAGAACCAUGGGAAAGAUUAAAUGCUGGAAACAAAGUUUUAGAACCUUUUAAUCCAGAAUUGGAUGCCUUUAGAUGUACAGCCUCUUUAUACCCUACUUGUGCUCAAAAUAGAGAAACAGGGACUCCACUUUUGAAAAAAGAUGUGGCUACUUCUCCCCUUCUAUUACUUACCAAAAAUGAAUCUGUCAGCACAGCAACAUCACCCUUUUGGGUUGAAUCAGCACGCAAUGAAGCCUCCCUUGUUCAUUUGGUGGAUGCAUUGAGUCCAAUUUCCUUACAAAAACAUAAUUUGCACAUCAAGGAAGGAAACAGAAAACCAAGGAGAAGCAGCGCAAUGCAAAGCAGAAAACAUCAAAAUCUUGCUAAGACUGGAACAGCUCCCACAGACAGUGGGGAUUCAGAUGAAGAACUUGAAGAAAGCAGAAUGUUGGAGGAUGUUUUUUUCAUUUAAGAAGGGGUGGGAUGAGGUGGAAUUGAACAUUCUCACUGACAUGAGUGAACCAUUAUGAUUUUUAAAUUCUUUUAACAAAACUGUGGAGUAUCCGAUUUAGUGUCCGAUUGGUGUGCAGCAUCCAAAAGUCCCUCUUUAACCUUUAAUGCUUUGGAGCAUUGUAGCAAAGUGUGCUUUGAUGGGUUAGUACAAAAUGUAAAGUGAUUAGCAAGCUAUGUAUGGAAUUCAUUAAAACUGAUAACUACAAUAUAUUUCCAGCAAUCUUUCUGUGGCAUAUUAUUUUUGAAGCUUUAAAAAAAUGAAUUGCCUUAACUAACCUUUUUGUUGCAUUUUUUUAUAUUUACUGGAAGUGUAUUUAUCUGAUACCUAUAGUACUCAUAUCAAGAAUACUCGUAAUGGCAAUCAACUUAUUGCAAAAACACUGAGAAAUCAUCUGGCAAGUUAUUAUUGAGAUGUGAGUUACUGCUGAAUAUCACUCAUAGGUUCUGUAGUGUCAAACAGUUUUAAAAUUGUUAUAAAAUCUGAAACAGCAGUCAAUUAAGUGUACUCUCUCUUCAUAUACUGCUACAGUUCUGUAGACAGCAACUGUGUGGUGUAGAAUUGUAGUUUGUGACAGGGUGCUUUUUUUUUCUGAGUUAAUGGUUGAAGAUAUGAAGGCAUUGUGGAAUGUCCAGACAUAAACCACUGUUGAAACAUAAUUCUGCAUAUCAUUUUUACAACUAACAAGAUACAGAAUCCAUAACCGAAAUAAUAGUGGUUAUCUAAAACUAGUUUAUUUUUAAAAUAAUUUUUUUCCCUCAGUCUGAGUUAAAGAUGUGGACAGUACACUUUUCUUAUUUGUGCACCUCCAGUCAGUAUAACUCAAUUAAAUACAACUUCUGAUACUGUUUCAGAAAUGUGUCUCAGCUGUUUCUUCAUUGAACUACUUUGACCUGUGAUCUUUAAUCGAGCACAAGUCAUCCUUUAGCUUCUGAGAAGGCGUUAAUUAAGAGCAGUCUUGUUUUUGGGCUAUUGGGAACUAGGAAUUAUGUGGAAAAAGCUCCCUACAUUAAUUUUACAAUUUGCUUGUUUACAGCAAUAGAGAUCUCAUAGUUUGGGCUGGAGUUGAAAGAUGAAGUUUUAACCCUGCUGAUUUGAUUGCUCAAAAUUAGUUUAUCAGUUUAUUUAUGCAAUGUUGGAAUUAUUGAGUUAUAUGCAGGUUAAAAACCUGCGUGACUCAACUCAGAAGUUGGUAUAUAUCUUUAAAGCAGUAAACAUGUUUACCUAUAUUCUCAAGAGAAGUUUAAGUGUCAAAUACCUCAUUUAUCUCGUGCUGAGACAGAUGAACAUCUAAAAUGAAAUGGUAUUUUAAAGAUAACUAGUAUAUAGUGGUAUGAGGACCAUUUUUAACACAGGCCUAUACCAAUGCUGAGCAGCUGACCAGAAGUCAGGAUAUCAGCCGCUGAGAGUAAGUAAAUGAUGACAAAAGAUGGGGCUGUGAAUUGAAUGUUUAUCAGCCAAGUUAAGAUAAAUUGAAUGUAAUUGUUAUGUUAUUGCAGGCCAACUGACCCCACAUGCAUUCUUGCAUUAGUUAAUAUGUGAAUUUAAUAAUGGUAAAUGUUUUAAGAUUGUACAGUGUACAGAACAUUAAUUUAAAUGUCAAUUUUCAAAAGUAUCUUUAUUUCACCAGUUAUAAGUUACUAUAUUAAAUAUUUUUGU